AUGGAUUUUCAUGGACCUAUUACUCCAACAUCUCAACGUGAAAAUAAAUAUAUUAUAUCUCUUACUGAUGUUUUAUCAAAAUUCGUCGUUACAAAAGCUGUACAUAACGGAACACAUUUUACUUCAACAUUAAUGAAUGAAUUAAUUAAACAAAUUGAAACAACACAUUUAUAUUCAACACCAUAUCAUCCUCAAACUAAUGGUCAAGUUGAAAGAUACAAUUCAACUAUGGAUGCAAAAAUUGCAGCUUUAUCAAAUUUACGUAAAACAGAUUGGGAUGAUCAAUUACCAUUUGUUACAUUUAAUUACAAUACUUCAAUUCAUUCUUCAACAAAACAAAUACCCUUCGAAAUGAUGUAUGGUCGAUCGCCUGUCGUACCAUCCGAUUAUCAAGAUGCAAAUGUUACGAUUGCAUAUGAUUCUGAACAUGCGAAAAAAACUUGGUCAUUUUUUAUCAAAAUUAAACGAACAAGCAAAAAUUAA